AUGGGAAACCAGAGCCAGCCCGUCACGGCCGGCAUUAACAUUAGCAAUGCUGCCCCGCAAGCAAUUCUAGACAUUGCUCCUGGCCAGCUUCUUCCAUAUAUCCUCGCAAUCCUGGUAGCAUAUCCAUUCCUGGUCUCGUUGCUCCGAUUUCGCCGCGUACAAUGGGUACACCAAAAGUUCAAGUUCCCCAACCGGGCAUCCCUGGCUAAAAUGACCGACGACGAAGCCUGGGAAAUCCAGAAAGUGCUUUUGCAGCUGGAAUUUCCGUUCAUCUAUAUUAAAGCUCUUCAAUUUGCUCUCUUCAGGACCUACGGAAUCCCCAGCAUCUCCGGGCUGCUCACCAAGACCAGCCAAUUCUCGAAUCCGGAGACAUCUUACAAGCGCUACGCCGAUACAAGCGCCUUGGUCCAGGAGUUUAUGGGCAACGCCCCAUCGUCUAAACGGACUAUCACUGCGCUCGCUCGAACCCGCUGGCUCCACAAUAGCUAUCGCAGCUCGGGAAAGAUCUCCGAGAAUGAUAUGCUCUACACGCUUGGCUUGUUUGCCCUCCAACCCAUCCGGUUCAUUGAGAGGUUCGAAUGGCGAAAGCUGACCGAGCUCGAGAAGUGCGCUAUCGGCACGUUCUGGAAGAGCGUCGGCGAUGGUCUCGCAAUCAGUUACGAGGCCUUCCCAUCGCAUAAGACAGGAUUCCGCGAUGGCCUCCACUGGCUGGAGGAGAUCACGGCCUGGAGUGAAGCGUACGAGGCAAAGCACAUGGUUCCCAAUGCCACGAACCGGGAGACCGCGGACCAGACUACGGCUGUGCUACUGUACAUGGUCCCGAAGCCGUUCCAGCACAUCGGACUGUACUUCGUUUCGUUCAUGAUGGAUGACCGCCUUCGACGCGCGAUGUUGUACGACCCUCCCCCGGCAUCAUAUACCAAACUGUUCUCGUCGCUUCUGUCCGUCCGCCGCUUUGUGUUACGUUACCUGUCGCUCCCCCGGCCUUAUUUCCUCCGUUAUACUUCCUACAGUGAGCAACCGGACCAGAAUGACCGCAUUUUCAUCACCCAGUGGGAUGCGGCACCCUAUUACGUCGCGCCUACUUUCCGGAACCGCUGGGGCCCUGUCGCCUGGCUUACCUGGGCUAUGGGUCGGCCUCUUCCAGGCGAUGAAGGUGAUAAGUAUUACCCCCAGGGCUACUAUCCACCUGAUGUAGGACCCAAGUACUUCGAAGGCAAAGGUCGAACAUCUCUAGAGGAGUACGUCCAGGGCUUGAAAGGUUCACGAACGGGCCAAUGUCCGUUUAUUUAAGCAUGAGCACGGACGGUAUACACUGCUACUGUGAGAAAUCUGUUCCUUGCCAUGCCAUUUGCAAAGCCGGAUCUACUGGGAUAAGAUAUGGCCCAGCUAGUGAGAGAAAAGGAUAACUUCAUUUUGCGAGAAGGCCUACGACCCAAUUCGUUGUUGUGUACUAAAGCUAUGGUACUCAAUGAGUCUACU